AUGACCAUGUCCUCGUCCCGCGUUUGGAGGUAUACCACCCCGGAGGAAACUCCUGAGACCAUCAAGUCCGUCGAGAAAAGCAGAAAGAUCAUGAAAACCAUCAUCACUGACAAGAUUGAUCGCUUUCUGCCGAACAACACACCUCUCGUGGACACCGUCACAGAGAAGACCCAUUUGAUGUGCCCAAACGCGAAAGCUGCUCUUGAAGCCGCCGGGUCCUCGUUGGACAGGGUUGUUAAGUGUGUGAUUUUGUUCACUGAUAUUGCGGACUACGAGGAGUCGAACAAGGUUUAUGUUUAA